UGGUUAAUGUAUAUAUACGUACGCACGUGGUUGCUUUCUGGUAUAGGUUAUAUAAAUUAUUUAGUGAAAGAAUCACGUUUCAGACAAUGAAAAAUGUAAAAAAUGUGAUUUUUUAAAAUCAAGGUACAUAUAUAUAUAUAUAUAUAUAUAUAUGUAUUUAAUUUAAUGUAUUGAAAAUAAUGAAUACCGAUUUACAAAGUAAGAAAUCAUAUAAUACCAGAAGUGAUAUCAAAGAAAAGGAGAAGGGAGUUAGGAAGUAAAGUUAUGUAGAUGUUGAACAUAUUAAUGAUAAUAUGCAAAUAGUUGGUAAAUACGAUGAUACAAAUAUGUUGAAAAGGAAGCUGGUUCGUGAUGAAACUAAACUAAGCAAAAAACAGAAAAAGAGAAAUAUUAUAGAUUUAUCUAUAAAUGAUACGAGUCAUGAAGAAUAUGCAACAAAACACAAGGAAACAUUCCAAGAAUUUCAAGAAACUAACAAUAGAGGUAAAGAAAAUAAGGAAGAUGAAAGAGAUAUAGAUAGAGAAACAGAAUAUUUGGAUGGAAAAUAUUUUAAAAGAAGUUUCAACUCUACAAAUGGUUUAGAUAUGUUAAAAAAAUUUGUAAAAAUUUGCAAUGAAAACAAAGAAAGGGAUUUGGCUGCAGAAUAUUUAAACGCAGGUGGCAAUAUUUUGGAAAUAUUAAAAUUUUUAACUGCAGAAAAGAAAGGAAUUAGUAACGCCAUCACUGUAUUUUCUGCAUUACGGAUAUUAUUAAUAAAAAUAUUAGCACAGUAUCCACAAUAUCAAUCUAGUGCAGAAAGUGCAUGUCGCCAUUUGAUUAAUUCGCAUUUAUCAAUAAUUCACUCGAUGUUGUCUAUUCAAAGUAAUACAAAACAACAAAAAGUAGUUUUACAAUUAUUUGCUGCAAUAGUCUCAUUAGGCGGAAAUCUUCCACGUGAAUUACUUACCCACUUGUCUUUACCAAUGGGAGUUGUUAAAUCUCUUGUGCAACAUACAAAACCUGCAGAUAAUCAAAAUACAAGGAGCUGUUUUAUUCACUUUAUCCUGGCUUUCUUAGUAGAAGGAAAUGUAUCAAUUAUUAGAACUCUUCUAGAUAAACGUGAUUUGUUUUAUAGUAUAUUUCCUGAUUUAAUAUAUGAUUCUAAAGACAUUGUUGCUUUGGUUUUAACUACUCUUAAAACUUAUAUUAUUCAAAAUCCAAAAAUUAGUAAAACAAUGAAGUUACAAUUAUUUUCAACAUCAAUUAUUCAAAAUCUUGUGUGUCUUUAUAAUUGGAAAGGUCCAAAUAAUUGCCCGAAACUAAAAAAUCAGAGUUCUAUUCCACAUUCGCAACAUUUUGAAGAAAAAGAGGUAGUUACAGGAAUUAUACAUGAUUUUUUAAUUUUAUUGUUAACAUCGCAUCGGUAUGGUAUUGUUUUUCAUGAUUAUAUGCUUGGUACUUCACAUAUAAAACAUAAUCAUGUGAUAAAUACAGUACUUCAGAGCUUAGACCGACCUUGGGAACAUGAAAAACCACUAGAUCUAGUAGUUAAAAUACUCACAGCGUGUCCUGAUUUAAUUAAAUCACAACUUACUCUUCUGGAACCAUAUAUUGAACCAAGGGUUUCAUUGAAAUGGAUUACAGCAAUAAAAUUUGUAAGAGAGAUAAUACAAUCAAUGGAUGUGAGUAUCUGUCUGAAGACAUGUUCAUUAGAAUUAAAUGUAUUACAAUUAGCAAGCGCAGUAGUAUCUUUAACCUUACCAGGAGUAAUUUUGAAGCAAGCAAUCAUGCCAUCCUUAUCUCAUUCUAAUGUAAUAAUACGGCAUGAGGCAGUACUUACACUUACAUCUAUGUUUCAUCAGACACAGAAGUGUUUAUCAAUAUCAAAAGCAGUUUAUAAGGAAGAUAAUGAUUACUGCACUUUUAAGGAUUGUGUAACAGAAUACAUGAUGAAGAAUAUACCAAAUUUAAAUAUGAUACUGAAUGUGUGGAGCAGUGCUUUCACAUCAAAUCAAAUUGAAGAUAACAGUAAUGACAUGGAAUACAUUGUAGAACCAAAGAAAUAUGAACACUUGACAGCUGUUCUACAUUUAUUGCAUAUGUAUAUUGAAGCGUGUCCGAAAUUGUUAGAUACAUUAUGUGAUGUGUCAUCUGAUACAUUUUUAAAUACAUUGAACAAAUUGGAAGAUAUCAGUGUCGUUGAAUUUAAUGUUAUAAAAGUAAAAGCUAUUCAAUUUCUUGUUAUAGUGCAGCCUUAUGAAUUUUCACCGCAUAAGAAAAUAUUUAACGAUGCACUAUCAUUUCUAAUAUCUGUUUUAAAUGAAGGAACAUCUUCAGUUACAUUAUGUACAAAAGCAACAAUAAGAACUUUAUUAAAUGCUACUGGAAUGUUUGAGCGAUGUAGUGAUCAUAUGGAUAUUUGGAUUAAUGGUUUCAUAAAUUUAGAUGAUAGAAAGAAAGUAAUAAAAUGGUUUGUUCGUAUUGUAAAAAAAGCUGCUGAAGAUAUAGAAAAAUAUGUAAAUGAAAUAAUUAAAGCUGAAGAAAUUAUUAAUCAUGAAGUAAUACAUAUUGGCAAAUUACAGGACAUAUUUGACGAACUGACAGAAAAAUCUGCUAUUCAUAAAAAUUUGGAAAAUAAUAUUUUACAUAUGCAACAUUUGACAUCAAUAUCACCUCUCUUAUGUUGCAUGUUACAUAAGACAAAGGAAGAUUCACAUCCUUCGAUUUUAUCUUAUUUGUCUUACGUUUUAAUACAUACGUUGCAUUAUCAAGUAAUACCUCAAUGUUUAAUAUAUUUAACUAAAGAUAUGCCAAUAUUACCAGUAAAGGAGUAUUUAUUGAGUUGGCUAGAAGGCAAUCAAUUCGUUUAUAUUAAAAAUAUAAUUCCCACAAUGACUUUAUUAUGUAAAUUAAAUUUAGUGCUUUUGUCUGAUACUAAAUUACAGAUGGAUCAAAUAUUUAAUGGUAGCAAUAUAAUUACUUUUCAGUACAAUGAGGAAAGUAUAACAAUUCAUCAUUCCUUGUCUACAUAUGAAGUUGCAUAUUUGUUUAAAAUGACUACAUUCUAUUUAGUACAACAUACCAAAAAGAGUGUUUUAACAAAAGUGCAAUAUGACAAUUAUAGAUGUUUAUUAAUGUCGCUAUUGUAUAUUGCAAAGGAUAGUGUAGAUAGCGUUAUUUCUUUGAAAGAAUGUGCAAAAUCGAUCUUUACUCAUCCUAUUAUCCUGCAUUAUUUUUCUCCAAUUUAUCAAAAAAAUAAAAAUAUUGUAAGAAAUAUGAUAACUCUUACAGUUACCGACAUUUGUAGUAUGUUAAACAAUUUGCAUAAAAAAUGUAAUACUAGAAAUUUAUUUAUUCAUUUCAAAAAUAAGCUACUUACGCAACUAUGUAAAAUGAUAGACAAAAGGCAAAAAGAUGAAAAGAUAAAUAAUCUUGAUAUGAUUAUGACCUUGUUAGAGGUAUUGCAACCAACACCAAAAGAUGUUGUAUAUUUAUUAAAGAGGCUAGUGAAAUUAGAGGAUACUAUGUUUAUUUCAAACGAUAAGAAAAGUUUAUCAGUACACGGGCAUUUAAUUUCUAAACUUUUAGAAAUUAUUAAUGCUAAUGAGAUAAAAUCUGAGCGAAAUGUAUUUUUUGAGCUUGAUACAGAAUUUGUUAGAGAUUUGUGUUUACACUUACUUUUCUUAAAAUUGAACUCAAUUACCAAUUUUGAAAUAUGGGAAACAGCUCUACAUGGAUAUCUUUCAAAUUUUUCAUUCAAUAUUGGUGGCAUUGAUGCAGAUAUUUUUACGUCAUUAUUAUCAACAAAAAUUACGGAUACGACUGUAAAUUUAAUUUCAUUUUUAAUUAGAAAAAAUAUAAGAUUUAUACCUAUUUUUAUGGAAUGUGUAAAAAAGUCGAAAAAUAUGGAAAAGGGUAACAUUAUAUUGCCAAUAGUUGCAAGUAAUUUAAAUUUUAAUUGGGAUCAAGACUUUCUGCAAGAUUUGAGAAAACAUUAUGAAACUGAAAUUAUAUGUUAUCUAUGUGAUCCUAAAGAUGUAAAACCCUGGGUAGAAGAAAAUGUUAUUGCAAUUUCUUAUUUAAUUAAAACUACAUUUAAUCUUAAAAUAUGUAAUGAUAUAUGUAAUAUGAUUUUACAAACUGGUGAUAAAUUGGAUAUGGUAUCUAUACAUUACAUAAAAGUUCUUCAAAGUAUGUACAAUAAAUCUGCUGCCUUAGAAACAGAGAGUGAAAAGCUUAUCACGAAUUUGAUACAAAUUUUUCUUUACAUCGUUACUGUAACUUUAAAAAAAGAGUCUAAGAAUGUACAAAAACUUCAUAUCCUUUGUGAAAUAUUAAGCGAUGCUGUUAAACAUUUAAGAGAAAAAGGGAAAGUUUUUGAAUUUGAGGCCUUAAGUACCAAUCAUUCGUGGUUACAAUUUACACGAUUUUCUUUAAAAUUUGGUCUUAAAGGGCUAAAAAAUGAUAAGAAAGAAGUACCAAUAUUAAGAACUUUAAGCAUUUUAUGUGAUAUUGCAUAUAAAAAUGGUAGUAACAAUGAAUAUGUCAAAACUUUGUUUGAUAUGGCAACUUCUCAUUCUGAAUUUAUUAAUAUUAUGCUAGGCUCAUCAGAGACUAAAAGAGAUUUAGUAGAGUUAUUAUGGAUUCUUAUGCAAAAAAAUAAAGAAGUUAUGGGAUCAACACACAUACCUGUUUAUUUAGCGGCGUACAAUGCUACUUUAAACGAAGCCGAUCAAUACAUUUUAUUCAUUUUGCAGUAUUAUGAAAAUAAUAAUGUUAAUAUUUAUGAAUAUCGGCCAUAUGUGUGGGGUAAUAUGGCUACAACAUAUUAUAGCGUGAAAGGUGAAAUACACACGACUUUGUGGAGGCAACCAUCUGUUACGCAAGUCCUUAACUUAUUCGAAGAAGAUAUAGUAAACAAUACUAUAAAAGAAUACCCUGUGGACAGAUCUCUGAAGGAUAGUGAAUUAUAUAGAGCAAAUAAUAUAUACGAUCCAGCAUUUUAUCUACCGUUAUUAUAUUUUUUACUAUCAGAAAAUAAUGUUGUAUCAUGUCAUAAAGUUGCUCAAAGUGGUGCACUAGCAUUAAUACUUGCUGCAUGCAGCAGCAAGCAUUCUGACGUUCGAAUGAUAGCUUAUACUAUUAUUACAAGAUAUUAUACUCAUUUGGAAGCUUCUAGCUCCAAAACAAAGUUAUUAUGGAUGCGAUUAAUAGAUGCAUUGCGUUACGGUAUUAUAUCACAGCAAUUAGAACUCAAUAAUAUACGUAUAAACUGUUUAGUUUCCACGUUUUUAGCAAGAACGUCUUUGAUCGCUACACAACCAUUGCACCCUCUUUAUUCAGUCUUACAAAUAUUUCUGGUAGCUAAACCAGCAUUAGAUAUAAACACAAUACCCGAGUUGUUGCAGCUUUUACAUAGUUCUGAUGUGGAAUAUAAAGUACACAGAUGGUGGAUUUUGGAGAAUAUUCGUGAUAGUAUGAAAACAGAGGCUGAAUUGGACAUAGCCUUUAAAUGUGUUUUGUUUAAAAUGCUCCUAGACUUUUAUAUUUCUAAUCUUUCAGACUCAAAUACGAAGAAACUUAUAUUAGAAAUCAUCGAUGCUACAUUAAAAAUAACAAAAGCCUCUAUACUUUUUAUAGAAUGUUAUGGAAUACUUCCCUGGUUAUUAGAAGUUGCAAGGAAUUUGUCUAAAAGCGAAAUACAACAUUUUGAACUCGUAGUGAAAAUGAUGGACAAACUUUUAAAUACCGUAUUGAAUAUGAAAGGGGACAUUGUUCACUACAAAUUAAUGGUUUUAAGUAUUGCAUUAUGUUUGAAAUCACAUUUAACUAAAGAUAUCAGGAUUGAGAUUUUUACAUUAUAUAUCAACAUUUUGCAAAAAUUACUACUCUCGAAGCACAUGAAAAUAAUUGUUACUAAAGAACAGAUAUUAGAAAUUCUUGAAUUUUCGACAAAAAUAUUAGAUAAUACAGAGGAAUGUGACGAUAUGUUACGUUUCGGUUGUGAAUACGUAACCAAAAUAGAUUUUUUAGAAGAUGACGAUGAAGUUCAGAUAGCGAGAAAUAGUUUGAGAACAUUAGUGUGGACAUGGUGUGUCCAUGAAACAAGUUGAUUUAUACUUUUUGUAUACUCUAUAAAUAUUAUAAUUAUAUUAUAUUUAAUAAUAAGGAAUUAAUAAUAAUUUAAUAAUAAGGAAUUUUUCAGCAUUUCUUUAUGGUAUAUCUAUCUAGUAUAUUUUAAACUUGUUCUAUAUUGUAGCAAGUAUCAACAAUAUUUUUUUGGAUAAAAUGUAUGUACAAAAACGUCUGCAUUGGGAUCUCUAUAUUUUCCUGUAUGAUGUCUCAGUACUAUUGUAACACAAUUAAUGUCUAAUUCCUCGGAACUCGCCGUACCAUUGUAGAAUUCCUUCAUUUGAGGUAGAAUAAAAUGAUUUGUUUGUAAA